CAUAAGAACCAUGUCAUUGAAAAAGAAAGUGAAACAAAAAUGAACAUCCAGAAUAUUUCUAUUGUUCUUAGCCCUACUGUUCAGAUCAGUAAUUACGUACUGUACCUGCUUUUCACUCAUGUCAAAGAGCUGUUUGGGGAGAAAGAGUUCAAAACAGUCGUGAAACCACUUCGCUGGUCUAACGUGGCAACAAUGCAGGUCUUACCCGAGACACAAGAGAGUAUUAAGGAAGAAAUUUGGCGGCACGAAUUCCUGGUGAAAUGUUUGCACAGGGAUUUGCAAGCUGGCAUAAAGGACUUAUCCAAAGAAGAGAAGCUGUGGGAAGUGCAACGGAUUUUAACAGCACUGAAGUGGAAACUUCGUGAAGCUAAAAGGCAGGAAUGUGAAACAAAGAUUGCCCAAGAAAUUGCUAGCCUUUCAAAGGAAGAUGUUUCUAAAGAAGAAAUGAGUGAGAAUGAAGAGGAAGUUAUAAAUAUUCUCCUGGCUCAGGAGAAUGAAAUCCUGACUGAACAGAAGGAACUGCUGGCCAUGGAGCAGUUUUUGCGAAGACAGAUUGCAACUGAGAAAGAGGAGAUUGAUCGGCUCAGAGCAGAGAUUGCAGAAAUUCAGAGUCGCCAGCAGCAACAUGGUCGAAGUGAAACGGAGGAAUACUCUUCCGAAAGUGAAAGCGAAAGUGAGGAUGAGGAAGAGUUGCAGCUCAUCCUGGAGGAGUACAGGAUACUGAGUUGCAAGUAUUUCAUGAGUGCACAUUAUAUUUUUUUCACUGACUCUCUUCAGGAUAGCUUGCUACAGGUCACCUUGGAUAUUGUCAAUCGCAAACAAGAGCCAAAGUCUUCUGCUUAUGGAAGCUGCAGACAUGGGCACAUCAGAACCAAUUUCAACAAAUCCUUUGUGUGCAGUUAG